UUUUGAUCCUUCUCUCUCUCUCUCUCUCUCUCUCUCUCUCUAUCCAUCUCCGCCGAAACAAGGAUGCUUUGAUCAACCCAAAGUUCUACAGGAUGAAGGAUGGUGCGUGGUUUCAAGUUUGGUGAUUGGAUGGGUGGAGUAAUCUUCUGCUGCAGUUUCUUCUAAGUACAUCGCGGGUCGUUGUUUUACUGAAUACAAUUUGCUCCAUGGGGGGAGCUUGUUCCAGGAAGAGAAAUAAUCGAGACGAUGAAGAUCGUUUUCCUAGAGGGAUUUCCACCAGAUAUUCCAAGAGUGGGAGUUCAAAGUGGUUGGCAACCGCAUUCUCCCGACCUGGUGGAGAUACCCAACAUGACAAAGGGCAGUGCCCUUCCCUCAUGGACUUGUGCGCGUGGAAAAUAUGCCAGGACAUUGAUAAAUAUAGCACAUUCUCUAUGCUCCCGAGAGAUAUCAGUCAGCAGAUCAUUAAUGAGUUGGUCUCCUCUGGAUGCCUAACUGAUGUUUCGUUUCAAGGUUUCCGGGAUUGUGCUUUACAGGAUCUUUACUUAGGGGGAUACCCUAAUGUGAAUGAUACUUGGAUGGAUGUCGUAUCCUCACAAGGGUCAUCUUUACUCUCUCUAGAUCUCUCGGGUUCUGAUGUUACCGACAGUGGGUUAAUUUAUCUCAAAGAUUGCAGAAAUCUCCAAGCCUUAAAUCUUAAUGAUUGUGAUGAGAUAUCAGAUCAUGGGCUGGAACAUAUAAGUGGUCUAUCAAACUUGACAGACUUGAGUUUUAGAAGAAACUGUGGAAUUACUUCUCAUGGAAUGAGUGCUUUUGUUAGAUUAUUUGGUUUGAUCAAGUUGGACUUGGAGAAAUGCCCAGGGAUCCAAGGCGGACUUGUUCAUCUUCAAGGGUUAACAAAAUUGGAGUCUCUCAAUAUCAAAUGGUGCAACUCCAUAACAGAUGCUGACAUGGAGCCACUCUCAGGGCUUACAAAUUUGAAAUGCGUACAAAUUUCCUGCAGUAAGGUUACUGAUUCUGGCAUUACUUAUUUGAAAGGUCUUCACAAUCUUUCUCUUCUGAACUUGGAGGGAUGCCCGGUAACUGCUGCGUGUUUGGACUCUCUUUCAGCGCUUGAUUGCCUGCUAUUUCUGAAUCUGAGCCGAUGUCAUCUAACUGAUGAAGGAUGUGACAAGUUUUGUCGAUUUGAAAACUUAAAAGUACUAAACUUGGGGUUCAAUGACAUCACAGACGCCUGUCUAGUGCACUUAAAAGGCUUGACAAAUUUGGAGAGUUUGAAUCUGGAUUCCUGUAGAAUUGGUGAUGAAGGGCUGGCUAACUUGACAGGCCUUAAGCAUCUGAAAUGCCUGGAACUGUCAGAUACUGAAGUCGGAAGCAUUGGACUCCGCCAUCUGUCAGGGCUGGUUAAACUAGAAAGUAUAAAUCUGUCUUUCACUGUGGUCACUGACAGUGGGUUAAGAAAGCUGUCUAGGCUCUCAUCUCUUAAAUCCCUCAAUUUGGAUUCCCGGCAGAUAACAGAUACUGGACUUGAAGCUCUUACAAGUUUAACUGGAUUGAUGCACCUGGAUCUGUUUGGAGCUAAAAUUACAGAUUCUGGAACAAAGUAUCUCCGAAGCUUUAAAAACCUGAGGUCCCUAGAAAUAUGUGGUGGAGGAUUGACAGAUGCUGGAGUAAAGGAUAUCAAAGAUCUUUCAUCCUUGACCCUAUUGAAUCUAUCACAAAACUGCAACCUAACAGAUAAAAGCUUGGAGUUGAUUUCAGGGCUCACAGGAUUGGUCUCUUUAAAUGUUUCAAAUUCUCGCAUCACCAGCUCAGGACUUCGUCACUUGAAGCUGCUUAAGAAUUUGAAGUCUUUGACUUUGGAGGGUUGCAAGGUUACUGGUAAUGACAUUAGGAAGCUCCAAUUGACUCAGCUCCCAAAUCUGGUUAGCUUCCGUCCUGAAUAGUUGUGGAGGUAAUUGAACUAAGGUUCUGGCAACUUGAACAGCCAGAAGAAGGGAGAGUUUCAGCAAGGUUGUAAAUAUGGUUGGAUGUGGAUGUGAAUGUGGGUGUGGAUUUCUUGAAUGAAAGAAUGGGUGAAGAUCUCUAUAUGCUUCAAGUGAAGCUUUCUUCUAUGGUGAAGUUCUCUAUGAUUUUUGGCAUGGGAGAACAUGUGAAUAAGCUUCCUAGGCAUGAGUCUUCCAUAUUAUUUUAAGAGGUUUAGAGUUCUAUUAAAUAACUGUUGUAUAUACCUUGCUGGAAGUUAAUAGUGCUUCCCAUUGUCCUUUUUGUACAGCAUGUAGAAGCAUUGAUACUUUGAUCUAAAUGUUAAUAGUGCUCUCAUUUUUCUUUUUGUACAGAAUGUAAAAACAUUGAUACUUUGAUCUUAAUGGAUGUUCAGUGA